UCACUGACACAAGGAUCAGAAUAUAAGUACAUGUACGGCAAUAAUGAAACCUGUAUUGAUGUUAAGAUGGACGUUCUGUUUACCCUGAGUGAUGGAAAUGAAACAAUAAAGUUUGAUGGAAAUAAUUUCACUGUUAAGAGCGGGGAUUGUGCAACUAUAGGAGAAUAUCAGUCCAUAUUGACAUUGACAAAUUCAAACUCAGACCUUCUGUCCUUGACUUUCAACGCUCUCCCUGAUUUAUCAGUGAACAUGAGCUUGAUGUUUACAUUUGCUCCGUUCGAAUUCUUUCCAGGAUCUCCAAUAGCAACUACAAUAAAUUUGUUGGAUACUGGAGACUUGACACUUGGAUCAAUCGCCCAGCUUUAUCAGUGUGAAUCCUCCCAGAGAAUAGCAUUAAUUGGAGUGCUGGAAGGCACCAUUUAUACUUUGUACAUGGAUAUGUCUAACGUACAGAUUCAGGCUUUAAAUAUAACAAAUGGAAAACUCAGCACUGACGUGUUUGUGUGUAGUGCUGAUCAGAUGACAUCUGUAGCACAAGAUACAACAGUGACAUCUGAACCCACUACAGCCACAACAGAACCACCAGCAAUUACUGAAACAACAGUGGGUCCAUCUAAUGGAACAACAGAGAAAACAACAGUUCCAUCGGGGAGCUCAACCACUGCACCUCCAAAUCCUUCAUUUCCCCCAAAGUCCAGAUAUGAAGUCAUUGAGAACUCCCAAAUUUGUCUCAUCUUGGAGGGACGCUUCCAGCUAAAAGUGACGUAUAUGACAAAGGAUAAUAAAACUGCUACUACAACAAUGGAUGUUCCAGUGAGCAGUGAUGUCACCGUCACAGGAACAUGUGCCAGUGUAAAUGAAAACUUUUCUGGUCUCACUAUCACACCAAAAGAUGCAGGAAUUCAAUCCUUGAUUUUUAAUUUUGAAAUAAUGAACGGAAAAUCUAGCCUUAUAUCUUGGUUUGCUAAUGUAAAUAUCUCGGAUGCCAUGGAACCUGAUUUCAACCACUCAGUGACUGAUAAAGUGAAUUUGUCAAGUCCUAAGUUAUAUUACAAGUGUGAAAAUGAGGGAAACUUUUCGGACAGUACCCUGGCCUUCAUGUACAUGGAGUUAAAAGUGCAAGCUUUUAAUGUUGAGGACGGAAAAUUUUCGGAAAAUGGAGUGUAUUGUGAGGCAGAUUUUGGACCCAUUCCAGCUCCAGGUUACUCUCCUGUUAAUAUAUAUUCUGUAUUGAAUGGAAAUAAUAUCUGUGUUGUAUUCAAAGGAAGCAUCCAGCUCUAUAUUCCGUAUAUUUCAAAAAAUGGCAUAACCACAGAAAUGGUUUCCCUGCCAGCAGUGUACAAUGUGUCCGGUGAAUGCAACACAACUCUGAAUGGACUCUUCUCUCAGCAAAUGGUCAUUCGCUUUUACGACGCCUGGAUCUUGACUAUUUACUUCUCAACUUACAAGAAUCAAAAGACGGAUGUAUUGUCAGCUGGGACUCCUGUUGAUAACUACUAUAUCUCACAAAUAGAACUGAAGUAUGACUACAACAACAUCAUCUUUAAGGAUGCAGUCGAUAGCAUUCUUAGUAAAGAAAUGUCAGUUGUUGCUGCCGAUCUCAGAAAACUCACAACGAAUAAUAACAAGAGCUACAAGUGUCAGAAAGAAACUACCUUUCAUCUGCAAAAUGGAUUAUCUAUGGUUACCAAAGACCUUCAGUACCAAGCUUUCAAAACUGGGGACACGGCAGACUUCAGUGCGGCAGUCAAUUGUGAAAAGGAUGAAGAAAGACAUUAUAUACUGUACAUCGCUAUAGGAGCAGCAGGUGGAGGAUUUCUCUUUGUAUUUGUACUGGUGGUUAUUGUAUACAUCAUCAACAAACGCCGGAAAUAUGAACAAUUAACUCUGUAA